GGCAGUCAAGGGGUCAUGUUUUCCUUGUUUGUCAGUACUUGCAGGCUCGGCCCAACCUUUAUCUGUACUUGGGCGAAUCCUGACAAGAGGUAUAUAUAACUAAGUCUUGAUCCCUAUUAUCUCAAUUAUUACUGCAUUUCAAACCAUCUAUUCAAUCUUUGGAAAUAUCUCAGUCACUCAAUUACCUUUUGGCUCCACAGCUCUCUGAAACACUCUGAGUCUUCAAUAUGAAAGUUUUCGUUAUUACUUUGAUAGUCACUGCACUUUCUGCCAUUGGAAUGGCUCAGGUUGGACCUUGUCUCAAUCAGUAUUUAUCCACGGAAUGCAUAUUAACUGCUAGAAUUUCGCUGAAGUCUGAUUUAGAGCCGACCCUGAUGGGGGAAUUGGAAAUUACUGUUACUGCGAGGGAGAUGGUUUAUGCUAUUUUGAGGGGACUGGAACAAAUGGUUGUGCUCCGCCUUCCAGUGAUCAAUAUCCUUGCUAGAGGGUACUCGCAAGGGAGCCUGUGCUCACAGCGCACAAGAGCUUGCACUGAAAAGGCUGUUAUUUCCCUGGCGCUGGAACAAACGAUUGCGUAGACUCCUCGGAACAAAUCUCUUGUCUUAGGAUUAGGAACAGGGUCAUGUGGGAUUACUCGAUCUACUAUCAAGACAAGUCGGACUCUCUCCAAAAUGUAAAAUGAGGAAUAGGGUUUGAAUGAUAUGUUUACUAUAAAUAAGAAUAAUAAUGCAUAUGGGUGACAUUGUACUACA